GCCAUUAUGCUGGGUUGAGCACAUGUCACUGGACAAUGAAACUGGACUGGACUCUCCUGGUAUAAGGGUGAGGCCUGUAUCUGGACUUGUGGCGGCUGAUUACUUUGCACCAGGUUAUUUUGUCUGGGCAGUCUUAAUUGCCAAUUUGGCUCGCAUUGGAUAUGAGGAGAAAACCAUGUAUAUGGCUGCAUAUGAUUGGAGAUUGUCGUUUCAAAACACUGAGGUCAGAGACCAAACUCUAAGCAGGAUAAAAAGUAACAUAGAACUCAUGGUAGCUACAAAUGGUGGAAAAAAGGUGGUUGUUAUUCCACACUCAAUGGGUGUUAUCUACUUUCUGCAUUUCAUGAAAUGGGUUGAGGCACCAGCUCCAAUGGGUGGUGGUGGCAGGUCGGAUUGGUGUGCUAAGCAUAUCAAAGCAGUGAUGAAUAUUGGUGCACCCUUUCUAGGCGUCCCAAAAGCAGUCUCUGGACUUUUCUCUAUUGAAGCGAAGGAUGUUGCUGUUGCCAGGGCUUUCGCACCAGGUGUUUUGGAUAAGGAUGUUUUUGGUCUUCAAACUCUACAACAUAUGAUGCGGAUGACCCGUACAUGGGAUUCAACCAUGUCAAUGAUACCAAAAGGCGGGGAUACCAUUUGGGGUGGCCUUGAUUGGUCUCCUGAAGGAUACUUCAACUGUAGUGCAAAGAAGUUGAAAAAUAAUGAUACCAACACUGCAGACCAAAAUGGAAAGGGAGGUCUGGGUUCUACAAAAAGAGUAAAUUAUGGGAGGAUCAUUUCAUUUGGGAAAGAUGUAGCUGAGAUACAUUCAUCCGAGAUUGAGAUGGUGGAUUUCAGGGAUGCUUUCAAGGGUAGUAACCUUAUAAAUGCAACCAAGUGUGAUGUAUGGACAGAGUACCAUGAAAUGGGUAUUGAGGGUGUAAAAGCUAUUGCAGAUUACAAAGUUUACACAGCUGGGUCAAUUUUGGAUCUGCUUCAUUAUGUUGCCCCCAAGAUGAUGGCACGUGGAGAUGCUCAUUUUUCAUAUGGAAUUGCUGACAAUUUGGAUGACCCUAAAUACCAACAUUACAAAUAUUGGUCAAACCCCUUAGAAACAAAAUUACCAAAUGCUCCAGACAUGGAAAUCUACUCUAUGUAUGGCGUUGGAGUUCCCACGGAAAGAGCAUAUGUAUACAAGUUAACUCCUCCAUCAGAAUGUUACAUUCCAUUUCAGAUAGAUACCUCAGCAGAGGGUGGAAGUGAGGACUCUUGUCUAAAAGGUGGUGUUUUUUCUGUUGACGGAGAUGAAACUGUGCCUGUUUUAAGUUCAGGUUUUAUGUGUGCUAAAGGUUGGCGGGGAAAAACCCGUUUCAAUCCUUCAGGCAUUCAUACUUAUAUAAGGGAGUAUAAUCAUGCCCCUCCCGCUAAUCUUCUAGAGGGCCGGGGCACCCAAAGUGGUGCCCAUGUUGAUAUAAUGGGUAAUUUUGCAUUGAUAGAAGAUAUUAUAAGAGUAGCAGCAGGGGCCACUGGAGAGGACUUGGGUGGGGAUCGAGUUUACUCUGAUAUUUUCAAAUGGUCCGAAAACAUCAACUUACAACUCUAGAUUCAUGCAUAUUAGCUUUUUACUAUGCUUCAAGGGACCUGAUGAGGUACUGCCUUCCCAUGUUAGCGGCGGUAAUUGAAGCAGAGCACUUUUUUGCUCUCAUUGAAGCCUAAGAGUUGAGGUGCUCGCUGCUGAAGCAAAAAUGCAUAGAUAUAUAUAUAUAUAUAUAUAUAAAUGUUGUAUGUGUAGUCUGCAUUCUUUCAGGAAGCACCGAGUUUAAUUUAUGAAUUGGUAUCCCACGUUGCUGGGUUCCCUGUUGUUUUCGGUGCACUAACUUGUAGAGUCCAUAGGUCCCAGAAAUUUUUUAUAUUC